AUGGCAGAAUCUUUACACUCCCAGCCUCCGAAUUCGAAAUAUUUCCAAUUGUCUUUUCCCAAACCCGGAGUGAUUUUGGUUACCAUUAACCGGGAGAAGCAGCGCAACUCAUUGCCGUCGGAUGCCCAUUGGGACGGGCACAAUCUCUUUACAUGGUUUGAUGAAGAGCCGACGCUGCUGGUCGCCGUGGUCACCGGCGCCGGGGAGAAAGCGUUCUGCGCCGGGCAGGACCUGGCUGAACAGAAUUCGUCUCGUCGCGGACCCAAGACGGGCGCGCAAUCGGCCGUCAUGAACCAUCCACCGACUGGGUUCAUGGGCUUGAGCCAGCGCCGAGGAAAGAAGCCUGUUCUGGCUGCCGUAAAUGGAUUUGCGCUCGGGGGAGGUUUCGAAAUCUGUCUCAACUGUGACAUGGUGGUGGCAUCCCCUGAAGCCCAGUUUGGGUUGCCCGAAGUCGCCGUUGGACUAUACGCCGCGGCGGGCGGUCUUCCCCGUGUGAUGCGCAUCGUGGGCCUUCAACUUGCAUCCGAGAUUGCCAUGACCGGACGUCGGCUGUCUGCUCAGGAAGCACUCGAGUACCGCUUAAUUAAUCGAGUCGCUAAGACUACGGGGUCCGUUGUUGACGAGUGCCUCGACCUAGCGGGUCGUAUCUCUAGCUUUUCCCCCGACGGGAUCAUUGUCACGCGUCAAGGGCUUCGAGAAGCGUGGGAAAACCCAAGCGUGGAGCAGGCCACAUCGCGAACCAGGCAGGAAUAUGUUAACAAGCUGGUUGCCGGCGAGAAUUUCAAGAUCGGCGUAGAGGCGUUUGCGCUCAAGACGCGACCGAAAUGGGUUCCUUCCCGUCUGUGA